AUGAAUUAAUAGAAUUUGCCUUUUGAAUGUUUUGGUCAAAAAGGUGUAAAAUAUAUAUGUCAACAAUUGAUUGGAAGCGGCACUCAAGGAAGGGUAUAUUCAGGCAUCAGAGAGGACUAGCCUUAAACUAAAUUAGCUAUCAAAUUUACAGAUGAUAUAAAGGAUGACGAAUUGCAAUUUUUAGAUUAUAUCUAAAAAUCAACAAAAUAGCUUAAGCACAUAAUCAAAUACUAUGAAGUAGUCGAUUAUACGAAAAAUAAUGGUUUUCCAAAAAGUUCAUAAAUAGGAAAAUAUUUGUUUGUUAUGGAAUUAGGCUCCAAGAAUUUACUAGAAGAAGUUAUAUAAUCAAACAGAUACAUAGAUAAAUAAAAACUUAAUAUUAUUUGUUAAAUUGCCCUUGGGAUCUUUGAACUUCACUAAAUAAAGCAUUCUCAUCGUGACAUUAAACCUGAAAACAUCAUUUUAGUUGGUGAUAUAUGGAAAUUAUGUGAUUUUGGAUUUGUUAAACAUAGCAUAAGCUAAAAAUAAACUUAAAAGGUAGGUACUCCUUAUUAUAUUGCUCCAGAGGUUUUUUUAGAAAAUUCUGAUUCUAUUAGGUAUGAUAAUAAAGUAGAUGUUUGGUCUUUUGGAUGUAUUAUAUAUGAAAUAUUUACAAAAAAUUUGUUUUUUAAUGGAAGUUCGCCUAAUGAUGUGAGUUUAGAAAUUGAAAAUUAUUGUUUCUAAUAACAAUUAAACCCUAGAGAGAAAAAUACUGAUCCCAGAUUCUAAAAUCUUCAUAAUUAGGAAUUGUAAAUAUUAUGCAAAUGUAUGAUGACUGUGAAUCCUUAAGAACGCUAUGAUUCUAAAGAAGUAGUGGAAAAACUCAAAAAUAUUUGUAACGUUUAAAAUAACCCAGCUGAUAUGCCACCAAUAGCAAUAUUAGAAUAAAAGCCUAAUGGAUAAAACAAUCCCUUUGGAGGCAUCAAUUAAAAGUAACCUAAUUAACAAACAUAAAUCUCUUUUGAAAUAUAGACUUAAGCUUAAAGCACAAUAGAAUCCAAGUUUCAAUUUUAAAGUGCAGCAUAAACUUAACUCACUACUAAUUAAUAUAUUUAACCAUCAGCACUAUAGAUUAAGCCCAGCUAAUAAUAAUAAAAUAAUAUGUAAAAUAAAUAAAAUCCAUAAACUUUCCAAAAAGUAAAUACUGUGUAAAAUCAAUAAACUAUAACAUAAUAAAUUCCUACAUAGUAGAUUCCUAUAUAAAAUUAAUUAAAUUUACAAUCAUAAGUUCCUAUUUAAAAUCAAUAAACUUUACUAUAAUAAAAUCAUAUCACAAUUAACUAAAAUCAACCAUAAGCAAAUUCUAUAUUCUAAAAUCCAAAACAAUCAUUAACACUUUAAAAAAAUCAAUCGUAAAUGUAAUUUUAAAUUUCCAUUCCAUCAUCAAUAGUACAAAAUAAUCAUAAAUAAAAUUAAUUGAUAGAUGAUUCAAAUAUUUUAAAUUUAUAAAAGGUAGAUUCUUCUUAAAUUUUUUAAUAAAAUAGUAUUUAUUAGAUUAAUAAAGAUGAUAAUGAUUUGAUAUCUAAAUAUCUUGAUAAAAUAGUUAAACCAGAAUAUAAGAGUUAGCUUAAACAAUUUAUUCAGACUUCUUCUUCAAAAAUAAAGACGAAUAAUAUUGAUGUGACACAAGAUAUCGUAAAAGAGAACUUGAUUUAAAUCCUUAUUGAAUUUAUUUAAAGUAAAGUUUAAAAUAUUUGA